AUGGCGUCCGCGUUUCAGAAUACGUGGCAGAUUGCGCUCGAUGCCGAAAGGGAGCUUCUAAAGAGCCUUGCCGAAAAAGAACCUACGUUUACCGGAAUCUCGCAUUCUCUUUCAGAAUUCCGGACCGCCUGCCAAAAUGCCAUCCUCCAGGAUUUCGAGGCCGCUCGCUCCGUCGAUGUUGAGUCCCAUCUCUGGGAUAUGCAUCUCAAGAUCAACACCCGAUUCCGUAAACUGCUCUCUCGCCUCCGCGACGAAACUGUGAAGAAGAAGAAACCGGUCGAGAGACGGAAACUUGAGAAACAUUAUCUCGAGUUCAUCAAAUCCAGCCAACGGUUUUAUCGGGGGUAUAUCCAGCAAUUGUCGUCGCAUUUCGGCUGCAUUCCCGAGCUUGGAAAAGUUGCGCGGAAAUUCAAUUUUGACAAUCCCCCCGUGGGGAAAUCGACGCCCCAAGCGUCCGGAGACCUUCGAAGGCGUGUACUCUUAUCUUGCCAUGGGGCCCUCAUCCAUCUCGGCGACCUGUCGCGCUACCGCGAAACUGAAUUGGUUAGCAAGGACCGGAAUUGGGGACCUGCCAUUGGCUACUAUGACUUAGCUAUGAUUAUCUACCCUGCCUCAGGCAUGUCGCACAAUCAGUUGGCCGUCAUUGCUCUUGCCGAUGGCAACCACCUGAGGGCAACUUACCAUCUCUACAGGGCCCUGGCGGCGCAGGAGCCCCACCCGUCGGCUCGGAGCAAUCUGGAGAUCGAAUUUCGGAAAGUCAAGUCUGCAUGGACCAAACGGGAGCUGAUUCGUCCGGAAGACGCUGGCAUUCCUGGCCGAGCAUUGGCCCCUUGGUUCGUGUAUCUGCACGCCCAAUGCUACAAAGGCACCGACUUUCCUGAACACGACGAGCUAGAAAGUGAGGUGCUCAACCAGCUCGCUGUCGACCUCAAAGAACGCUCGCUUGAGGGUACUUUGCAGAAAUUCUGUCUUAUCAACAUCGCCGCGGAAGACUUUUCUAGGAAACGCUCAAAUGAAGAGUCCGUGUCAAAUGCGCGCCUCUUCCUUCAGCGAACAAACGUGAAAACCUUCUUCACUUUGCUCCAAAUCCUUUUGGCCGAAGUGGAACGAUUUGCCGUCGAGGAUCCUACCAACAAGGAAACGAGAACCGGUCCAGAUAAAGUCACCGUCGUUGCGCGUCGUGUUCUGCCCGCUCUUCGGAACUACAGCUCUUGGCUUCUCACCGUCAACAAUCUACUGGUGGCGCACAAGGAGGAGAAAGACACCCCUCUUGCCGUGCAGAUAACAGAAUUUUGGAAGAUCUAUGCGAACACCCUAACUCUCCUUGCAUCGACUUUUGACGUGGUCCAUCUCCCAGAGAUCGACUACCUAUUGGAGGAGGAUGAAGAGACGCUGUGUUUUGCACCCCUCAGCGUGGAGGCUACGUCUCGCCGAUACUUCGAUACAAACGGCCAGCAGAAACCUCGAAUGAACGACCCAGGGGUAGAGAGAAGCCACCCCAACAUGGAAAUGCUAUAUCGCAUUCGUGAAUUUGUGAUUGAUGGUCUAGACCUGGUUGUCAGCAAUGUAUGCACACCUCAUCCUUUCCUCAUUCUCGUGACUAUGGUUGCUAAUCCCUUUCCGGCUCAGAAAAUCCCUGUGGCCCUGGUCGAUGAUGAAGACAAGAAGACUUUCAUCUACAAAGAAGAGGAUCUACCUUCUCAGUUCUUUGCGAGUCCUGCAGGCCAUCACCAUACACUUCCGUCCGCGAGCAUCGGACGGGAAGACAUUCAACAAGUGGCGCAAGACCCUCAACAUGCCACAGAUGGCCGGAGCACAUUUGGCGGCUCUCAAUCGGCGUCUGCGUCGAUGUCCGCCAGUAUGCAUCGCAUCGUUGAGGGGGUAGAACGAUUGGUAGAAUCAGACACGUAUGAGAACGGCCCGACCUUGCCAGAGCCCCUGGCCUUCUCACAGAAUGCAAGUCAGCAACAACGCUCGAGUCGUAUGUUCGACCCUAGCACGGACUCGAUCUUCCGCGAAGACAACUUCCCUCCACGCCAGACUCCCAUUGCCCCUCCUGGACUCGGCCCACCGAUGCCAACUGCUGCCGCCCUCGUCAGAGAUCCGUCGUCGCAGUCCUACACUUCAAGACCCGCGCUUCCCGGAAUCCCCAGCAUCUGGAACACCGCCCUUUCGCCUGACCUCGCCGAGGCUUCGUCUCCUCGUACUCCACCGGGGCUCGGACAACGGCCGGCCCACAUGAUGCCGGGUAGCGUCGGUGCCCCCGGCCAUCAUCGCCAGCCAUCUCAGGAGGUGAUCGCCAACGAACUCCUGUUUCGCCAGAGUCUCCUGAAUCAAAGCCCCUUGCAGAACCCCCUAAGCGGACCCGGUACCAUGUCUCCUUGGACGGGUGCAACCAAUCCCAUAUCACACCACCGUCUCUCGGGCCUCAACUGGGAAAGAGCACAGCUGGAAGCUGCGCAUUCGCCCGUCUCGCUUGGUGUACCCAGUCAGCCGAUUUCAAGUGGUCUAGCCAACGCCUCGUGGGCCAACGAUGCAUUCCUCGCCAGUAGCUUUUCGUCGGUUCCCGGCUACCCCAGCUCUGGAUUCAGUGACAAUCGCAAACCUUCCACCCAGUACGGCGCCAUCGGCCAGACUCCCCCAUGCGGACAAGGAGGGUGA